CGGGGGCGGGUUCGGGGCCGGUGACCUGAGCGCCCCGGGCUCGAGCCCCCCUCGACGUCGGGGCUGCGCAUGCGUGCUCGCGCGAGAGCGGAUCUCGAGUCGGUCAGGCCCCUAGGGAAGCGGGUUGAGCGGUAGAAGGUUAAACACUUGAAGAUGAGAAAAUUUGAUCUUUGUUUGAACUCUGAAGGGGCUGAAGUGAUUUUGGCUACAUCAAGUGAUGAGAAACACCCACCUGAAAAUAUUAUCGAUGGGAAUCCAGAAACAUUUUGGACCACCACAGGAAUGUUCCCUCAAGAGUUCAUUAUUUGUUUUCACAGACAUGUCAGGAUUGAAAAACUUGUAAUCCAAAGUUACUUUGUACGGACCUUGAGGAUUGAAAAAAGCACAUCUAAAGAGCCAACUGAUUUUGAGCAGUGGAUUGAAAGAGAUCUAACACACACAGAAGGGCAACUUCAAAAUGAAGAAAUUAUAGCACGUGAUGGCCAGGCCACUUAUUUGAGAUUCAUUAUCUUGUCAGCCUUUGAUCAUUUUGCAUCUGUGCAUAGUGUUUCUGCAGAAGGAAUAGCAGUCUCAAAUUUUUCUUAGGUACUAUAACAAAAUAUCUUUUGCUGAUGUUUUUAACAGAAUAGUUAUUUAAACAUUAAAUUUCCAGCAAUAGACUUUAUUAAAGGAAUUUGUAGCAA